AUGGCUUUGCAAGGGGGGAGUAAUCCGUUGGAUUCAAUUUUUCACUCUGUUCAUGUCGUGGUUAGCUAUCCACUUGAGUCGAAUUUCAGGAAAUUUGCCAUGGAUUUCAAGAAUUGCUUUGAUGGGGUCUUGAAAAAUAGUGAUUUGGAGCAAUUGAAUGCGAAGAAGAAGAAGACGAAGAAGAAGAAGAAGAAGAAGAGUGGUCAAGAUGCAGUCUUUUAUGGCGAAGAUGGCGAAAAGGGGAGCUUUCGGGUCAGUGCAGUUCUUGGAAAUUAUACUGAAAAAUGUGGGAACAACGAGCAUGAUAAUUUUAGCUUUAUCCGUGAUUGGGCAGGCAAAUUAGAUAGUUUAUGUAACAAUGGUGAAAUUAGGCCAAAGGGUUUGUGGAUUGAACACUUGAAAAGAUCGAUCUUUGAACAGCUGGGUCGUUUUCCAAUGUUCAAACUGGGUUUUCAAGCUCAUGAGUUUAAAACCACUGGUUAUGAAGGCUAUACCUCGCUUGAUAAUCAUUUUGAGCAGACACUGUGUCGCGGUUUAUGGGACAAGGAGAAUGUUUUUGGUGGGUUCUUAACGAAUUUGAAGUUUGCAGUAGUUGAACAUGUGUCUUCUGUAAAGGAAAUUGGAGAAGAAAAUGCUGUUGAUGAGGAGAAUGUUGGAGAAAAUGAGCUGCAAAAGCUGGCGAAAGGGAUUCUUAGUGUUCCUCUGUCCGAUUUUAAGCCUUUGAGGGAAGGCCAUCAUGAAGAGUCAAAAUCGGAGCUGGACAGAGAUGGUGAUGGGAAAGUUACUCUGGAAGAUCUUGAAAUUGCUAUGGAAAAGAGAAAGCUACCAAAGAUAUACGCUCGUGAUUUCUUACGGCAUACGAGGACUCACUUGUUCUCUAAAUCUUUUGGCUGGAAAAAUUUCUUAUCUCUGUUGGAAAAGAAAGAGCCAAUCAUUCGUCGAGCUUACACGAGAUUGUAUUCAGGUGAGUGUAGUAAGCAAGAGAAAAAUGAAAUAUUGGCAUUAUUAGAAAAUGCAGGAUAUCCAGCUAGUGAAGAUAAUGAUUUUGCCAUGAUGAGUUAUCUGAAUAAGGACACUAAGGAAUGUAUAUCUUACGGGCAAUUCCACAACUUUAUGCUUUUGCUCCCAUCUGAUCAACUUCGAGAUGGCUCAUGGAGUAUAAAGUCUGCUGUAGAAAUUCCCCGUGAUAGUGUUUUGAAAUCGGCAUUAGCCGGAGGGCUUUCUUGUGCAUUAUCCGCAGCUAUAAUGCACCCUGUUGACACAAUUAAGACAUGGGUGCAAGCUUCUUCAACCCUGAACUUUCCGGAAGUUAUGUCGAAGCUUCCUCAGUAUGGAGUCCGCGCAUUAUACAGAGGUUCCAUUCCAGCUAUCGUAGGGCAGUUUUCAAGCCACGGCUUACGGACUGGAAUUUGUGAAGCAAGCAAGCUCGUGCUAAUAAAUGUUGCACCCGAACUUCCAUUAAUGCAGGUAGAAUCCAUGUCAUCAUUUUGCGGCACCUUUUUGGGGACGGCGGUGAGAAUUCCAUGCGAGGUAUUGAAGCAAAGAUUGCAAGCCGGUUUAUUCGAAAAUGUGGGCCAAGCUAUCGUCGGGACAUGGCGGGAAGAUGGUGCCGGUGGCUUUUUCCGUGGCACUGCCGCCACUCUCUGCCGGGAGAUACCGUUCUACGUUGCUGGGAUGGGCCUAUAUGCCGAGUCCAAGAAGGUUGUCCAGCGGCUUAUAGGUCGGGAGCUGCAACCUUGGGAAACGGUGGCUGUCGGGGCUCUGUCGGGAGGCCUAACUGCCGUCUUAACAACCCCAAUCGACGUUAUAAAAACGAGGAUGAUGGUUGCCAGUCACGGGCAAACAGGAAAAGUAUCGUUUAUAGUGAUGUCGAUUUUGCGCCAAGAAGGGCCAGUCGGGCUUUUCAAAGGGGCCGUGCCUCGGUUCUUCUGGGUCGCGCCACUUGGCGCAAUGAACUUUUCGGGUUACGAGCUUCUGAGGAAGGCCAUGGAACCCGUCAACCGCUGCGUCCUCAUCGUUGUCACGCGAGCCGUCCGCGAGGAACCCCUGUUCGCCGAGCUCAGCCAACCGUCGUCGAGAAAUUCUGUUCCACAGCCUCUGCGAAUAGAUCCGUCGCGAGCUUCUCUCCUCGCCGGCGUCUCGCAGCGGCCGUAUCAGGCACUCCAGCAUCUCCGUCAACCCCGUCGUGAGCCUCCCCAUCGCCGACGAGACCACCAACGACUCCCGACCACGUCCGACCAGACUGAGCCAACCUCUGUUCGCGUGAGCAGCCGCCGACGUCAGGCCCGUCGCGACCUCCGCCCUAGCACCGCUCGGCGACCCCUCUUCGAGCGGCGACCGACUGUUUUUCCGGCUGACGAAGGGCGAGCACCACUCACGGCCGAGUUGCAAGCAGCCAUGGCAGGGCUGCGUUUUUCCGACGGCAAAACCCCCAAUUUCCGGCGACCGUAUUCACGAGCAGCGGCUGAGUUCUUUUUCGUUUCGAAUGGGAGAGCCAACCUUUGUUCAAUGAGCAGCCGCCUCCUUAUCGAGUCAAACACCGCCGGGCUGGGGGACUGUCGGGAGCAAACAGCCGUGGGCUGA